CUUCCACAACAACAAGAAAGCUGAAAAACAAGGAAGUGAAUGAUUGUGAAGCCCGUAACCUGUUAUAAGGCCCGUGGACAAGAUACGCAGAGCUCCGUGUUUAAAACCUGAAAAUCCCUCAAGUCUCCGGAUCAGCCCAGAACAAUGAACAACAAAGGUUCAUAUCCACAGCAGGCUGUGUACCCUCAGCAGAGCACUGCACCUGUAUACCCUCCUGCUAUGCAAAUGUCUCCUCAGGCACCUCCUUACACAGACACACCACCUGCAUAUUCUGAGAUAUACCAGCCCAGAUAUGUGCUUCCACCUCAGGUGCCUGGUCAGUUGCCUCAGAUGUCCUCUCCCUACCCUGGUGCUCAGGUGUUCAUGCCCAUGCAGCCACAUAUGUCUGUUGGGCCAGUGGGCCAGAAUGUCCCCAUGGCUUACUAUCCCAUGGGAGCCAUGUACCCCCCUGGUUCAACAGUGAUGGUGGAAGGUGGCUUUGAUGCUGGUGCUCGCUUCACAGCAGGCAGCAGUGUUUCCAUCCCACCCCCACCUCCUGGACAUCCCCCCAAUGCAGCUCAGCUGGCUGCCAUGCAGAAUGCCAAUGUUGUAAUGACACAGCGCAAGAAUAACUUCUUCCUUGGUGGAUCCAGUGGAGGUUAUACCAUCUGGUAACAGCAAGUCCUCGACUCCUCCUCCAUGCCUAAACCGUGUCCCCGUCCCAAAUGAUGACCCAGUUCUUCCCCCAUCCCAUACGCCUCCCUCUUCAGGCUGCUUGGCCAUGCCACAAUACUGAUAUCACCUAACGGAAUGUAAUAUUUUAGAGCCCUCGUGAAAGGUACAGUACUCCACUUCUGACCUAGAGAUCAAAUGAUGAAUGCCACUGCCUGGAGAGGACAAAUGCAAAAUUUUUAAAGUCGCAGAAUUCAUUCCAUAAUUCGUCACAAACCUCUUUGGUCAUUCCAGAUUGGACCUCUUUCAGGCAUCUGUAUUUGUUCAAGAGACCUUGUCUCCUUUGAUCGAAUAGAUCACAAAUUACAUUGAGAUGUUCUUGUAUACCUGUAAAGCUACAUAAAUGAAAUGUUGAAAUAUCAGACCCGCAUUAUAUAGUUUAGCUGCUUUAUGGUGAAAGUGAAAUGCAGUUACAAAGUUGCAGUGAAAGCGCAAAAAAAAAGAAAUCUCCACUUGUCUUUUUGAAAACUUUUAGUGUAGUUAAAUUAAUAGAUGUGUAAUAGUUCCAUGUAAAUAUCAGUAUGACGAUCAUAAGAAUUUACAUCUCGACUAUUUAAAAAAAAGAAAAAAAAAAGUGAGCAUCCUGGAUGCUUUUAGCUAGAAUUGUCUUGUCCUUUGCACAGUAUCCAAAAUAACACGGCGAAUUUGUUGCACAGUGAACUGUCUCAUCUGACAGGUUCCUUCAUUAAAAUCACUUGUAAAUUAAAUAAAUUUAAGCUAAAGCAAAUAAUUCAAGAAAAGAUUUCAUGCAAUAUCCAAAGUGGUUUACUGUACCUUGUUGGGCAACUUGUAGAUGAACAUAGUCAAGUGCCAAAGAGCACUGGGGAUAGCCCUAAUUUAAAGCAAAUUAACUUCAGUAAACUUAAAGGAAAGAAAUUUAAAGUAAAUCCAAAUAGUAAGUUGAAUGGGAAGGGGUGGUUGGUGUAACAUUUUAGCUUUUUUUGUGUCUUGUUUCUAUUUCACAGUCGGAUACCCAGACUUUAUACACUAAAUGUUUUAUUGUGCAGAUUUCAAGAACUACCCUCCAUUGUUUCUCUUUGUCAUUUCACACAGUAUAAUUUGUUAAACAUAUUUAUUCACUGUAGAAGAAAAAUGUUAGUUUCUAGUUAAACUUUUCAAAGGUUGAGGAGACUAAAUAUUUCAGUGUUUCUUUUAUUUCUUUCAUUUUUCACAUCUUAAGCGUGCUACAUGAGUAGUUAGACUAUUACAUUCGUUAGUAUAACCAAUGAGCUGGUUGUACCAAAGAUUUGGUCUACAAUGCACUUAUGUUUGGUUGUGACUUGAAAUUUAAAACGUCACAAUUUAAAAGCAAACAUAUCAUUGAAUACGCAGUUAUGAGAUUGUUGGUACCUAGAUCUUCAGUCGGACAUGUUAGAUAAUGUGUUCAUGUCACUUUAUGUGGGUUAAUUGCAUUUUUUUUAAGUCGUUGCAUACUUUUGCACCUUUGCUAUGUACAAAUUUGAUUAAAUACUUUUUAUCUGAGAUGCACUGCUAAGCAAAUCUGAGUGGUUGCAAACAAGGGGCUACUAUUUUCUUUUUUUCCUUUUUUUUUUCAUGAGUUUUUAAAGAAAGCUGUGAGAUUUUUCAACAUUUCUUUUUUAAGAUUUUAAAAUUCAUCAAGUUUUAGUCCAUUUGAAAGUAACGUCAAGAUGUGUCGUGUUGUUCAGUAGCCUUAAAGUGUAUGCAAAACAUUUGCAAUGAGGCUAUAUCACUGUCAGCAUAAUAGUUCAUUUAAAAAGACAUUUUUGUGCUGGUAAUUACACUUCUUUAGAAUCUUUACAUAAUACGUUAUGUUGUGAACUUUAGGUAUCUAAAAAGUAGGUAAGUCAGUAUAGAUACCAUAAACGUAUAUUUGUAGAUAUUCUUCAUUUUGGUGUGUGGUAGCGUCAAUGUGUCACUGGGUAUCCGACAUACUGUAUCAAGUUUUAACAGCUGUGGCCACCAGAAAACAAAUGCUGUUUGCUGUCAACCAACAUCGAGUGAUUUCAGUGUUAUUUAUGUGAGAAAGACCGGCUGUCUGGAAAACGUGCUUCAUUCAUCCGAUGAACCUCCUCUCAGCAGCUCAUACACACACACACACACACACACAGCUACUACAACGGACGUGACUAACAAUGUCACUCGUGUUUUUAAAAUCUCACUCAUCCCGCCGCUUCAUACAGCUUUGCUGGGGAAGAGGCCACAGCUAUCAAAGCUUUUAAAAUAUUAUUCAAACAAAUGUGUAUUUUUUUUUUUCUCUCUCUCUCCAUCUCUGCUCUGAUUGUUUGUAAAGCAGCAUAAUGGUGGCUUUGUCCCAGCAAUAUGAAGUACUGUAAACUACAGCUGACCAGUAGAUGCUAUGCCAACCACAGCCAGCAAAUGGAUUACCCCCUUUGUUGAAGGAUUAUGGACAUUUAUAGUUCAGGGAUUCUCUUUACAAUAUUUUGUAAAAAUAGAUGUAUGUACUAAAGUGAUGUGAUAGACUUUGGUACACAUUCUAUCUUUUAAGAUUACUAAAGGAGAUGAGUGUCAAAGAUGGAAUACUUUGAAAAAAGAACUUAGGUGCACUUAACUUUUUUAUACUAAACUUAAAAUUUAAAAUGUAAGUUUAGAAUAAAGGUUAUUUUGGAAAUUUGAAA